GCGUAGGGGCACUUGCCUUUCAUGGUCUCUCUUGAAAGCAUAUUUGCAAAGGGGAAAGCUCAUAAACAAAAAUUACUACCAAGUGUUACAAUGGAAGCACUCGAUCACAGUUUCAGCUCUGCGGUCCAUCUGUUACACUCUCGCCUCUGUGAUUUAUUUCUUUUAGUAAUUAGGCUUACAGCGAGCUAUUUGUCAAUGCUGGAAGAAAUGUUGCAUCUUUGACAUGCCAACUUUCCCUAAAGGAGUUUGUUUUUAGCUUGACCAACAAGUUGAUUUGUUUUGUUUGUUUUAAUUUUCCAGUGAGGAUGGCAGAAAUGAAUCUGCUGUCAGGAGAUUUUUUUUUUUUUAAUUAUUAUUAUUAUUUGUUAUGAUUCAACUUUUAUCAAAAAAUAGUGAAGUUUUGCUGGGGAGUAUUCUGCCGGCCUGAUUGCAACAGCACGUAUAGCUCCAUAUUAUGAGCUAUCCACAAAGAAAACCCUCCCAGUAUGGGGUUUCUUCAGUCAAAUCUUAUAAACUGUGGAGCUCCAUUUGUGGGUCACUGACAUGAAAACAUUUGUUCUACCCUGCUGUUGAUAAUCAAAAGCUUUUGCACUGCUGGUCCUCCUUCUUCAGAGCCCCGCCCAUCCUUUGCUUUUCUCUCUCCGGCUUUAAGCAUCGAGUACCCAGAAAAACGCUGAAUAGACCGGAAAGAGGCGACUUUGUGAUCAAAAUAAAAGCACAUAUAUGGUUCUCAUGAGUUGAAAGUCAAUGUACUGGUAUAGUAUAAGCUUGCCUGUGUAGUUAUAGUGGUUUUUUUCCCCUUUGAUUUGGAGUUAUGAUUUAUUUAUAUAGCACAUAACAUUAUGGGCAAACUCAAUGUGCUUAACACAAAAGAUAAAAACAUAAAAAAGCUGUGUAGGUUUACUUUGCUUUAAGACAGGGAUUAACAUAGAAACACGUUCUCCAGUCAACAAAUGAACUGCAGUUUGUUUAGUUUGUUUCUGGUAAUACAGUAUCCGUAGGCCAGGGUUAAGUCUUAGUUUGAAAAACUACGCCGGAAGUAUCAGUCAGUAGCGUUGCCAGCUUGAUGUAGGUCUCUGCUCGCUGUCUCGCUUCUCUUCGCUCUGGUUCAGCAUCUGUCUUCACAACAGUUUGCGGGGCGCGCAGUAUGGAUCCGUUACGCGUUACGCGCUAUGGUGUCCCUUCUGGCACAGAGCGUUUCCUGACACGCGCUUUUCACUGCUGUGGAAACUCUUAAAAGGGGUUCUGUUGUGACUCGCAGUCUCCAAACUUCCAACAUCUUUCGCUGUCUUUUAAUGUGAGAAGAAGCAGAGCGCACAAGUGAACUGCGGACACAUUUCCUGACGCGCAGAGACACUUUUCUUUUUUGGAGGGGGAGACUUGGGAUAUCAUUUACUGAAGCUGCAUCAUUUACUAUAUGUGGAUAAUUAUUCGGGACGAUGGGAGACUCCGUGUUCUUCGACAGGCAGAAUUCCUAUCUUGGGGAUUUCACCUGGAGCAGCCUGUCGGGGCGGAGCGUGCGUCUGAUGCCAGUUGCCAUCCAAAGCCUGUCAGAGCUGGAGAGGGCCCGGCUACAGGAAGUGGCCUUCUCCCGUUUACACCAGGACUAUGACUUGGGAUGUCAGAUAACCAUGCCAAAAGAUGGACAGAAGAGGAAAAAGUCGCUGAGAAGGAAGUUGGACUCGCUCGCAAAAGAGAAAAGCAAAGACAAAGAAUUCAUACCCCAGGCCUUUAGUAUACCCCUGUCCCAGGUCAUCGCCAACGACAGAGCUCACAGGCAGCGCCAGGAUUCUUUUCGUCAGGACCCUCCACAGCGGGAGGAGCACAAAGACUCCUCAGACCUCGUAUCGUCCAUUUUACAGUUUGCCACCAAGCGGCCGUCCAACAAGGAGUUAUCCAGCAGUAACUCGUCGCUAAGUUCCACAUCAGAAACGGCUAAUGAGUCAACAUCGCCCAACACCCCUGAAGCUGCCCCACGAGCGCGCAGGAGGGGAGGCAUGUCAGUGGACUCCAUCACAGACCUAGACGACAACCAGUCCCGCUUGCUUGAGGCGCUGCAGCUCUCUCUGCCAGCUGAAACGCCAAGUAAAAAAGAGAAGCACAGGGACAAAAGGCUGAGCCUGAAUCCCAUUUACCGUCAGGUGCCACGUGUCGUCGAUAGUUGCUGUCAGCACAUCGAAAAAUAUGGUUUGCACACUGUGGGGAUCUUUAGAGUUGGAAGCUCCAAGAAGAGAGUCCGACAGCUGCGAGAAGAGUUUGAUCGUGGCAUUGAUGUGCAGCUAGACGAGGAGUACAGUGUUCACGAUGUAUCUGCUCUGCUGAAGGAGUUCCUAAGGGAUUUGCCAGACCCUCUCCUAACCAAGGAGCUCUACACGGCUUUUAUUAACACCACAUUGUUGGACUCAUAUGAGCAGCAGAGUGUCGUUCAGCUGCUGAUCUACCUUCUCCCAGCAUGCAAUAGUGACACACUUCACCGCCUGCUGGAGUUCCUGUCCACUGUGGCUGAUCAUGCCCAUGACCAGCAAGAUAAAGACGGGCAGGAGAUCACAGGGAACAAGAUGACAGCUUUAAACCUCGCCACCAUCUUUGGUCCCAACCUCCUCCACAAGCAGAAGAGCACAGACAAGGAGUUCACUGUCCAGAGCUCAGCCAGGGCCGAGGAGAGCACGGCCGUCAUCGCCGUGCUGGAAAAGAUGAUCGCCAGCUACCAAGCACUCUUCAUGGUUCCUCCUGAUCUGCAAAACGAAGUUUUAAUGAGCCUUUUGGAGACCGAUCCAGAUGUGGUCGACUACCUUCUGAGGAGAAAAGCAUCUCAGAGUCCGGACCUGUUACAGCCAGAGGAGCCCUUCGUCCUGAGCGAGCGGCAUUCAUCCAGCGACUCCAACAAGGCGUCGAGUGGUGAAGUGUCCCCUUAUGAUAACAACUCCCCGGUCCUGAGUGAGCGCAGAGGGGAACCAGGGAGCCCGGCCAGUGAGCAGCUCUACCGUGUCCCAGAACAGUACUCUCUAGUGGGGCAGAGUGGAGCUGUCACUUGGGGUUAUAAAGAAGAACAUGCUAACAUUUGGGGCACAUGGCACAGUACUCUGAAAUCGGCACUCAAGAAUCAAACAUAUACAGGUUCCCAUAGCAACAUGUCAGAAGGAAGCUCCCGCAGCUCACAGGAAGGUCUAGAUGGACUCCAUAGUGAUAGCAGGCAUCAGACAGCAGUACAACGGACUCAGACAACGCCUGACAUCUCCGAGUGCAGACUCCACCCACCGGUCACCAGAGUGUGCACCAACCCUCAUGCGGACAAGGGGCGACCACGCCUGCAGCUAAACAUCAACCCUUCUGUGACUUCGCAAAGGGGACAUGGAGUUAACUCGACCCUCAGACCUCAAGCCGGAGUAAACACCGGAGAAAGCGGCCCCCUCGAUGGACGCUCUCCUCCCCCUUAUAAUGCGCACCAUCGACUGGCUAGCUCACAAAGUACCCCUCAGCUUGCGACGGCUCAGCAGCCACACGGGAGGUCGAGCGCAGGGCAGACCAACUCGGCUUCAACAACAGAAGCCCCGGUGGUCGCACAGAGUCCAGAGUGGCAGGAGUGGCAGAGGGACCGGUGGCAGAUAUGGCAACUGCUAUCCUCGGACAAUGCUGACACACUGCCAGAAACUCUGGUGUGAUUUCAGACAAUGUACUCUGUCUCAGCCUCUUCUGGCCAAUCAAAGACAAGAUCAAACCCCUCCAAUGACAAUCACUCCUUAUCCCUAUCCUUUCCCUUUUUAUUUCUGCUGCCCUCUCACUGAUUUCCUGCUUUCUAUGAACAUCACGUGCUGUCCUGCAACUUAGCGCCGUGGCGUUGUUGUUUACGUGUGCAGCUGCUGCCUCCAACAGACUUUUACAUCCAGGAGCCAUUAGUAUUUGUUGAUCUGUACGGAUGUUAAAAAAGUUGCUCAAUUUCCUGGCCCAUAUAUUAUGUCAACAUUUAGUUAGGGGCAUUUUUUUAAAAUGCCUACCCGAAAUACCUCAAAAAAUCCGUUCAGAAUAUUUUGAGAUUUUCUAUUUUGAGCGACGUCAGUCUUCAUAUCUCAAUGGAGAAUAUUAGGAAAACAUUUUUUAAGUUUUUUACAUUUUAAUUUCAUCAUUUUUACAUUGGUCACCACACACUAAGAUGUGCGCGUUAGUAACUGCUGCUAAUUACAGACUUGUUGUGUGUAUACUAAUGAUGUAAUUCAGCGGCAUCUUUCUGAAAAGAUCAAAUGUUGAGUUGCUUUUUGAUGUCAGAUUACCUUUGACUGUAUAUAUAUGUACAUGAAUACACAAAUUGUUGACAUACGUGCUUAAAUAUUAUAUGUAAAGUGUAUAAUUUGCCUAAAAGUAUCUACCUAAAUGUAAGCCAGCCCCUUAAUCGGCAGUCCAGAUGUUGGUGUUUGUCAGACUGCUGUUUCUGUCUUUGAUAUUGAAUGUAAAAUGCUUCACUUGCAGUAAGACGCUUAAACCUAAUUAUGAAGCAAUCUGCUGUAAGUUUGCUUGUGCUCUCGCCACCUGCUGCACUGCAGAAACAAUGUGCCAAAGUAUCUCUCUCUCUUUUUAAACUAAAGGAUCAUUGUUGUUCAGUUGUGUUGAUUCCAUCCAUUUGGUUAAUUUUUGUAAGACUCAAGAGUUAAGUUACUGGCAUUUUUAUCAAGAAUUUCAUAUUUUAGCACAAAGCAUAAACUGUAAAUAAUAGAUGGAAGUAACCACUAGCUCUGAAAUCCUCCAGGUUAGCAUUUUUGCCAAAACUGGACAUUAUGAAUAAAGAUUGGAUCUGACUGAAACUGAGGGAAACCACACGCUCACUGAGGUGUUAUCGUUACUGACAGGUCAUCAGAAAAGGGACAGGGCAUUCUCACUGGCUGACUAGUAAGUACCAUAAUUAAUAAACUGGGCAUCGUGUUUCAUUAAGAAUGACUUGAAACUAGCAAAUGAGCCCAUAAACUAGAAAAGUGUUAACCGAGCCCACAGAUCAAAUGAGCCGAAGGGUGUUUUCCCCACUGACUUCCAUACAGUUUUAAAUUAUUUUAAAUCCAGCACUAUCGCCCCCUGUUGGCCAUUAAAAUGAAACUUGUGCAUAUAUUUCAGAAACUUUCAUAAAAGUCUACGGUACUGAAACAGGAAUUCGUUGUCAUAUUUCCAUUCCUAAAACUGCUAAAUUAGAAUUAUGUAUUAAUCAACAUUUAAACCUUUUUGUGGAUAUUUAUUACAUUUCUCACUGAUACAAAAACUGUGCACGUCAGUCAGAGCUUUCUGAGAAUUUCUUAGUCAUGUAGAAUCAGAAGGUUUAAUCUGGAAGUGUUGAAAUUUGCCAUCAUUACAAAUAUUUUACCGAGCAGAUGUUGUCUUUUUAUUCUCCAAAAUUUUCUUAAAACUUACAAUUUAUUGUAUUAUUUGAUUUGAAUUUCUGCUGAAAGUGUUGCUUCGAUCAUAACAUGAUCAAAAAGUCAUUGGUGCAAGCUGGAUAUCCCAGCUAGGUAUAAACUAAUUUCCCGUCUACUAGCAAUGAUGCGUUUUUCCAGGAAUCCUAAAAAGAAAUUAUGAUGCUUUUGUGAUCCAAGUGUUAUGCUGGGGAAAAAAAACCUUUCAUGUGAUGUUUUCUCACUUCUGUGUGGCACUGCUGUUGCUAAUUAAGGUUGAAGGCAACUUUGUGAAUAUCUGUUUUUAUAAUAAUCUACACCCACAGCCAACCUGCCCAACUCUUCUGAAAUGUCGUAGUCAAGUGGGUAUUUGCUGGCAAAUAUUUCACAUUUUCUCAUCUUAAGGUGUAAUAUUUGCUUAUAUGGAGCCACUUCAGCAUUAAAUAGGAAGAUGGACUAUGAAUCAUCAUCACAUUUUAUUUUCUUAAACAUUGACAAGUCAAUGGGAACAAGCCUCUCACACGUGCAAGAAAUGCACGGAUUGUGGAAAGGCCUAUGGCGCCAUCUGUUGAUAGACUCUGUACGUUAGCCUGUUGCUGCUCUUACACUUCACAAUAUCCAUGGGAAUCCAUCUGUCCAUCUGUACUCAGUUUAAAAUCAAAGCUUGUGAUUAUAUUUUUGUGAAAACAUGCAAAUCUAUGUCAGGAAAUAAAUGUGCCAUAGGUCUUGCUUUUUAAAGCUGUUUCUCCAUGCAGUGCUUAAGGUUCAUUGUGAAUCUUCUGUAUUAUUUUAUUUUCUCUUGAGUGUUGUAAUAUCAAAAUACAAUAUAACAAGUUUUAUUCAGAAAAGAGGCAGUUCUUCAGUAACCACCAUGGUCUUGGCUUUCCCCAGAUCGAGAUGUUUGUCUUGUCGAUGUCAUGUUGUAACUCCAAGAAACGUUGUGCUGUUGUGUUCUGUUUUUAUAUUUUGGUGGGGUUUACUGGGUCCAAGUUGUAAUGGAAUGUCUGGUAUUUGCUUUUUGUACUGCGAGUCCUCAUCAGUAUGCUACAAUGGAAUUAAAUAUGACAAAGUUUACAA